AAGUGAAUCAAUUGCGUGCGGCUAGCGAAAGACGGAAGGGCACGUUCUGUGUGUUGCCUCCGCCAGGUUCCCGGUUUUUUCUUUCUUUCUUUUGAUUCGGCGUGCGUUCGUUUGUCGUCGCAGUGUGGACCGCGAGGUAUCCGGCCGUUCUUUCAAUUCCCCUGCUCGUGGCCAUCCUGGAGUUCUGGACUAUUAGGAGGUUGGAAGAUGAUCAGUGAAUCCAUCAGUGCGACUGUGCGACAUCUUUGAUUCAAUCCAUUCUAUAUUGCACGUGUUCGAUGACUAUCUGCUAACGUCCGUCUGCGUUACGCAAAAUGCGCAAGUAAGUGAUUGAGUGUGUGAAGGGUUUGGGCGUCUUAUCUACAAAUCGUUCCCAGUGUAUACCGAAGUGUGAAGUGCUAAAGAACGUGUGUUGCUGGUGCAUAAUUAGUGCUAUCAAGUGUUGUCCUCGGUUCCUUCAAACCAGAAGAAACAGUAACAGUGCAAUCGACACUGGAUGGCUUUGCGUCCUUCUGUGUGGUGUAUGGGAAAAGGUGUCAAGACGUGCUGAUAACACGCUGUAUGGGUGUGUGUUUGUGCGUGUGUGUUCGUACCGCAAACACGUGUAAAGUUAUCAAGGCGAGUAUGUUUUGAAAGCUGCGACGAGCGGGUGUGCAUGAAGACAUCAUCAUCCGGUGUUAGAAUUGAUUGAAGAGACAUCGCGAAACAAACCAAAAAGUUACCCAUUUACGAGAACGUUCGUGGAGCCGUGAAUCACCGUCGGCACGGCCACACGGGAAAAACAUUCGUCUUCGGUAAAGGCGUGAAGUAGCAGCGAUAAGUCGCGACAAGUAGUGGUAAUAAACAUACUGUGCCUUGCGCGUCGGCGGUUUGAACCGCGACUUGAGCAAAACGAAUACCAAGCCGCGCAAAAGGGGUGUAAUAUCUCCCGCAGGUCAUAACCGCGCAGUGCAGUGGUAGCAGUGGAGUGUGUUGGUGACCGACAGGGAUAGGGCUAAUGUGUGUAGGUUGAAUGCGGGCGUGACAGAGAGAACAGAACCUUCGGACGACCACGAGUGUGCUCGAAGAGACAGGGUAGUAUCACCUCUAGCGAAAUUGAUGUGCUGUUUGCGGUCGCGUACUUACACGAUUGGGCAAGCGAUUGCCCUGCGUCGAUUGAUUUCCGAGGGCUUGCAAAAAAUAAUAAUAAUAAUAAAAGUGUCGAACACAUAUUGGAGCAAACAUAUCGGAGCGGAAAUCUAGUGCUGGUGUGAUUUUGUUUGCAGCACGCGUAAAUUGUCGGUUGUAAUGUGUAUUUGUGCGGCGGAUACGCUUCCAAAAAGCUUCGAAUAAUUUAACCUUUUGCGAGCCAUCGACGGGUAUUUCAUUCCGAUGAGUAAUAGCAUGAGCUACGCGAUACUAAUUGCCAAGGUUUGAAAUUUGUCAAAAGUGUCACGUAUCAGGUCGCCUGACGGACACUUACCGACCGCGUGGCGUAAGCUUCGCCCCCAAACGCUCAGUCUAAUCGCGCCGAGGUGUGUAGUUUUUAGCGUUACGGCGUUGACGGUGUGCGCGAUCGGGCAGUGUAUUGGUUGUGUCUGUGUGAUAUCUAACUCUAAGCGACCGAUUGUGAAAUCUACGUGCGUACGAGGGUGUGUCUGUGUGAGUACCAGUGUGCGAGUGUGUGAGAGUGCCCGCCGAGGGCUCAGACGGCAGUACGGCCGGUGAAGUGUCGCGUGUUCGUGGUCGUUAUCUCUGGGGCUAGUUUUGCCAUUGACCGUCCUAGUGCGCCCUAACCUCUACCCUUCCUUGGUCGGUGACUCCCACCCCGAAGGGUUGACGAAGGGUGGUGUGUGAGGUGCUGUUGUUAAGGGACGGGCGGUUUAUUUAGGGGAACGGUCGCACAGGGCUAUCCCGCUAUCGGCAGCAAUGAACGAUCGCGAUUGUCGCCGUGAAUGAGAUCAUGAGGGAAGUGGACACUUCGGAAACAUCCGUCGUAUGGCCUGCAUGGUGUUACUCAGGAGAAACAACGGUUAAUGAAGAUUUACCACAACGACUGGUGGCGGCCGCAGCAGCAGCAGCAGCAGCAACGGCCGUUACGCCUUCCCCGAUAGUGCUACUGGCGCAGCAAGAAGAACGUCAACGGCAGAACUCACGACAUCAGAAGGAUCGCCAGCACCACCACCAUCACCACCACCAGCAAGCGUCAUCAAAUCAAUCUCGGUCGUCAUCGGCUUCAUCAGCAUCAGUGUCAUCCUCACCGUCCUCGCCGGCGACAUCACCUCACUCUCGCGCAGCCACCCUGUCCCAGCAGGAAAGACGGCGGGUGAAACGAAAAUCAAUCACCAGUACAUUGCUGUUCAACCAAUCACCGGUAGCCGGGCUGGCAAGCAGCGCCAUUGCGGCUGCACUCGAAGCCGGUUCCGUGGUCGUACCUGCUAGCCCUCCUGGUGGACUUUUAGGGCUUUCGCCACACCGGCGGGUUGCAGAGGCGCUUUACGAUGGUCGGCCAUUCGUAGGUGGCAAUGGUGCACCGUUGCUGAGCAAUCAUCACGACCGCAACACCGAAAACCGCCAGAACGAAGCCACUAGUGACGAGGAGGAAGACCAGGAGGAGGAGCACGAGGAUAACGCACUUGCAAAAGUGAACGCAAAUUGCGUGAACAGCAAUCAUUUCGGUGUUAUCAAUACACGGCUUCUGCAGGAACGCGUUCAAGAGCGUCAAACAAAACUUCACACCCUCGACAAGAUGCUCAGCGAAAGAAUUUACGAUCGGAAGAAGUAUCUGAACUCUCCCACCGGCAGUGGUGGAGCCAGCACGGUUGGCAGUUCCACUGCAGCUAGUGCGUUUUACGAAAAGUAUCGCAACGGCGGUGACUCCGGCGAGUCUCAGCUGAACCUGAUCAAAAACGGUGCAGCCAGUGGGGGCUCUAUCGGGAGCCUGAACGGCGUUAGCUCCAGUGCUCAUCUCAGUGCAAUAGCGGCAAGCAUUAUAGGUAGCAGUAAUGGUAGCAAUAAUGGUAGCAACACUAGCAAUAAUAACGAAGGAAACGGCACACUGUCUCUGCAUAGCGGCGGCAACAGCAAUAGUAACCAAAUUAGCAGCAACAAAAACGGAAACGGUGGCAACAACAACAACAACAACAACAACAACAACAACAACAACAGCAAUACAAACAAUAACAACAUCAGCAGUGGAAGCAUCGGCAGUAUCAACAACAGCAACACCAGCAGCAUCAAAAGCGAGCGGUUCAGUCCACCCAACAACGAUGCACAAUCGAUGGCUUCGAGGUCGCGAAGUGUGACACCGUCGUCCUUCUCCGGGACGCCACCCCAGACGAUGCACGCGAGCGAUGUCGGCUUCUCUAGCAGUAUUUCUACCGGUGGGCUACUUCCGUCGCCGAACUCAUCCUCCGGUGCGGGGAAUUCCGUUGGACGGUCCGAAUUUCAGACGCGAAAUUAUUCCGAUUUCAUGCGCAGCCUGGCGGCCAAGUACAACAACAAUAACAACACUAAUGAUAUAUCGAAUAUCAAAAAUUCUUUUCUUGAACCAAAAAUGCGCCUCACUCAGCCAAAAUCUUACAUCGAGAGCUCGUUGAGUAGUAAGAAAGGCAGCCCUCUUACCUCCACUCAAGUAAGUGCCUCACGGUGGAAUGUACCUAAUCCAAGUAUUAUGACGUCACUGUUUUCGGGUCUUCCAUUCCAAUCGGCCGUCUUUCCACCGCUGAUCGAUAUGAGCAGCACGCAAGCGUUGGUUACGCUGGCUAGAGCGGCAAAAGAUUCGGAAGUUCACAACAUUCUCAAAGUGGAUACGGGAGGUGGUCUGAAGAAACCGUCCUCACUGUCGCGUGGCUCGUCGCCGCCACCGUCCUCCGCUCUUGGGAGUCAUCAUUUUUCUUCCCCCUUUGGUACGGGGUAUUUGCCGGGGUUACUCCCUAACCAUCAUCAUCUGGCCAGCUUCCCCUCGCAGUCUCCCUCGCUAGCAACUAGCGGGCCUCUGAAGUCUCCUUCCCGAGCACCCGAACCGACUGCCCUUGUGUCCACCUUUCCACUUGACCUGAGCGCCACGACGCCGUCCGGCAGCAAGAGGAUAAAGCUCUCGCCAACCCCUAGUCGUCAUCAGGAAACAUCUCCAGCGCCCAGCUCCACCAACAGCCAACCGUCCGCGGACUCGCUCGAUCUCAAAUCGACCCGGAAGUGCCACGCACGCGUGGAAGAAAUCAGUGCCUGGACGGUGGACAACGUGUGCGACUUUGUUGCCAGCAUCGAUAUCUGCGCCGAGUAUGUACAGAACUUUCGUGACCAGAGCAUCGACGGUGCGGGAUUGCCGCUGCUAACGGAGGAACACCUGACAAACUCACUCGGCAUGAAGCUGGGCCCGGCGCUGAAGCUACGCUCCAUGUUGGCCAAAAAAUUGGGUGGUCCCUGUCCGUGCGCACUGUGCAGUGUGCCCACUUCAAUGCCGCCGGCCCGCACGAACAGUAGUGGCAGCGGUAGCAGCAAAGGCGACACAACUCCCACCAAUCGGCCACCGAGCAAUGACGGUUCGAUUGGUUAAUCGAGCGCUCGUGGUUGGCUGGAAUUUGGUUGGCGCUGUCGUGUGGCUCCGUGGAUAACGCGCCACCCGAUUCGGGGUUUUCCAUCCAUUUUUUUGCUGUUUGAUUUGUUUUGUUUUUUUGGAACGUACUUACUUAGAACAAGGCACCGCGUGCAGGCCGCUUAUUUUCCAUUCGACAAGCCGGGACAUGUACAAUACUAACGUUUAAGUUGCAUUAUCUUUUAACACUAAUGAAACAGCUCUAAAAGACAAUCCUCUUUCUGGGAGGGCUACUGUGUUGCAUAGCUGCUCGGGGCAGCUGAAAUGUGGCAUCUUUAUGCCAGCGAGCGAUGAGAAUUAGGAAAGGCGUGUUCUGUUUUCCCACAGCGAGUGGAAGAGUGUUUCCUUUCGAAUUUUUGCUAGCGAGUUAAAGACGAUCCCUGUCAGAGAAAUAUAAUAUCAAGCACUGUUUGCUCCAUGGAUCGAUUAUGCAUUCACUCUAGAACACCGACGACUCAGUAAUUAACAAUGGUUUGGUGUAUUCUUCUACCAAAGAAAACAAUAAAACUUCAGUGCGAAUUUUUGUCUUUCAUACUACUAGAAUCAAAUAAUCGGGCCUCUAUCGUACACAAGUAAGGUAGAACAUAACAAACAUAAACUCACACAACGAGAAACGAAAAUAGGAAACACUCAUCCUUUAGGUGGAAAACAAUGGCGUACGAAAUGAUCGUUAGUUGGGGCCUAUCCAUGGUCUGUCGUUAGGUGCAAUGUGUAACUAAUUAAUAUGAGCCCAGGCAAAGUUAGAUAAGAUUACUACAGUAGGCAAGAACGGUACGAAACACACAGUGCGGCGCGACUCAAAUGUUGUUAAUUUGUCGUUAUUUAUUCAGUUAGUUUAUGGACUGUAGCUCGUAACGCAGCUUGUUGCAUUAGUCAAACGUACAGCUUUUGUAACUUGGUUUAAUAGCACGAGCAGGAGGAGUAGGUAGAAGCAAACGAACAACAUAUAAAAGACAGCGCUAUUUUCAGAUCUCUUCCCACUGUCCGAGGAGAUGAUAAUCGUUUUACGAACAAGAAAUCUUCCAAAUAGCCCCUCUAAAAGUGUGAAAACGUUACAAAGAAUUGUGUUGUAUGUUAUUGUUGCGCACUAAACUUUCUCAAUACGCGCCAUCGCGCGCACACCCUGUAUGUUCUGCGAAAUUCCACUACAAGUGCAACUAGGCAGCUAUUCCUAUUGACACACACAAACACACGUGACGCAGCUUAACGAUAUUGAUUUCACUGGCAAUUGAUUUCAUUGCACGUUGCUAUCCCUACUGAUAAGGGUAAGAUUUCAUCCCAUCUUCUCCCAGGAGGGGAGAGCAGAACAAAGGCGUAUGGAUAGCGUACACGUUAGCGGUUACAUUAUUUAAAAUGUUAACGAUAGCAAUAUCAGUAUUUAAAGACAAAACAUACAAAAUGUUAAUGUUAUACAAACGCGUUUCCGGCAGAAACCAACACAUCUGGAUGUGGUGGUGAAUGCUAACGGAAUAUGUGUAAAAAAUAAAGACAUUACAAUGAAAUAAAUUAAUAACGAGUUAAA